AUGGAGCCGUCCGACGCCCGUCGCAUGGUGCCGUGCCUAGAUGAGCCAGAGUACAAGGCAAAUUGGACCGUGACCAUGAUCCAUCCAAAAGGUACCACAGCAGUGUCGAAUGGAAUCGAGGACGGAAAACCGUCAGGUGCCACGUUCGAUUUUGCGGCGCAACAUGUGAGUGACGCCAUCGAGAAGACAUGUGGGACGACAGAUGCAGCGAUGGAUUCACAGCAG